UGUUUGACAAACGUCAUCAGUGAUAAAUCAAAACGCGAGUGUUUUUUGAAGCAUUUGCCGCAGUUUUUCUAAAAGUUUUGUGUUGAAAACGUUUAAUUAAGUGGCUUUUUCUUCGAUAUUGCAAGUUUAAUCGAGCGGCGACUCGUUCGUCCGGUCGCAGUGAUGAACUUUGCCCCGGUAACGCCGAGGGCCUUCGCGGCCAUCCAAAACCUAAACAUUGCCGAGCUGUCGCAAUGCAGCGCUUCGGAAAUCCGGCCUCUCCUUCCGUGUCUGGUGCGUAUGAGCUUGCUGCCUCCUCUGGACGGGACCAAAAGCUGGAUGGACAAUCGAAAACAGCUGCUGUCGAUAUUGGCCGGCAUUGAGGUGGUGAACAAUAUCGUUUCACUCCUCCAGGUCAGCUUUCAUGAGCUGGAAGUGGAUGUGAAAAAGGAACAACAGCUAAGGCAAAAGAUCGGUUACACUGCCCAGGACUCUGCCCAGUUCCACAGUCUCCCGAAUGGCAUUGUGAUGGGCUUUGAGAGGGCCGAUAUAGUCAGCAAAGUCCGAGUAGUCUUAUCGGAACUGUUCUACAUCCAGGCACAGAUUCUGGAGCAAACCGCACAAGCAGCCGUACAAAAGUCUUCGAACGAAGUCGUUAUUAAGAAGUCAGAACUGUUCGACAACGACAUUUACCUCGAAGAGAUUGCCGAUAUCAUCUGCAUUGCAUUGGCAGAGCUACCAUCGCUUUUGAACUUGCUGGACGUUGUGGACACGCUUUUGUACGUUAACAAUGGUAGCCGGAUUGUGUGCUGGGUCGUGGCCAAUAUGCCGGACUGUUUCCGUGAGGUGGUUACGACGUUGAUAACAAACGGAGAUGAAGAUACGUCAGAGGGUAAGCUACGACUUGCUGCCCUGUACGAACUGUGUGAGAUGAAUCCAAGCCAGGCACUGACCACUCGGACAAUCUGCGUGGAACAAACGAAAAUGCCAUCCUUGAUGCUGAAGCUCAGUUUGAAGGAUCCGCAAAAUUUGGUUGCGUUCGUUUCUGGAUUAUUAUUGGGAAACGAUCAAAAUAUUCGUCAAUUCUUCGCAUUGUAUGUUCGAACCAGUCAAAAACGGAAAGGGGAUGCUUUGCAUCUGCUGCGUGACGAAUUGUUGAAGCAGCUUCAGAAUAUUGUUGUAUUUUCACACAAUUCUCAACUUUCAGAAGAGUAUGUGGUUCAAUCUGCAGCCAUGUUAAGAUUGUACUGUGCUUUACGUGGAAUUUCUGGAAUCAAGUUCACCGACGAAGAGAUUAUGCAUCUUAUGCAAUUGAUAACUUCAAAACCUCCACCAACACCGGCUGGAAUCCGUUUCGUGUCUCUCGGUUUGUGCAUGUUGAUUGCAUGUCCAUCGAUAAUCGCUCAUCAAGGAAUAGAAGCGAAGAUCAUCGAGUGGAUUCAAUGGUUGAUCAAAGAGGAGGCAUACUUCGAAAGCGUCAGCGAAGUAUCUGCUUCAUUCGGAGAGAUGUUACUGCUGAUGGCCAUUCAUUUCCACAGCAAUCAAUUGAACCACAUAUGCGAAUUAGCUUGUUCCACACUAGGCAUGAAAUUCCCCCUCCGACCAAAUACGAUCACACGCAUGAAGUACAUAUUCACCCAGGAAAUCUUCACGGAGCAAGUUGUAGCAGCACAUGCCAUCAAGGUGCCGGUCACGAUGAAUUUGAACGCCAACAUUCCCGGCUAUCUACCCGUCCAUUGCAUCCAUCAGCUGCUCAAAUCGCGGGCCUUCUCCAAGCACAAAGUACCGAUCAAAAGCUGGAUCUAUAAGCAAAUUUGCACGUCGGUAACUCCCCUGCAUCCGGUCCUGCCUGCCUUGAUUGAAGUCUACGUAAACUCCAUCAUAAUGCCCAACCAGAAGGGUCCCAUCGAGCAUACUAACAAGGCACUGUCCGAACAGGAAAUUCAGCAGGUUUUCCAGAAUACCGUAUUUGCUACGAAACAGGAAUCCUCGAGACAGCAAUCGACUGGUAACAGCGAAGUGGAACCUAUGGAUACCAACCAGUCAGAUGAGGCAGCGACUGCAAACAAUGCAAAUUUGACUCCUCAGCUAUUGCUAUUGUAUUAUCUGCUGCUGUACGAGGAUGUUCGGCUGAGCAAUAUGGUUAACAUCAUCACCAGUGGCCGACAGGUCAAAAGUUAUUCCAACGAGUUCAUGUCAGAAUUGCCGAUCAAGUAUCUGCUCCAGCAAGCUCAAAGAAAUCAACAAGAGUACAGCGUUCUAUUCAGUCCUCUUCUGCGCUUACUGGUGACCCAUUUCCCCCAUCUAUCGCUGGUGGACGAUUGGAUCGAUGAAGAGUGCAUAUCACUUGAGCACACAUCAAAUGUACCAGUAAGCGAACUCAACAUUGUGGAAGCAUUUGAAGAAAUUGAGCUCAGUCCUGGAAAGACGAUAAAACUGCUGAAGAUAAUGAUGAAAAAGUCUCCCACGGAUCUAUGGCCUUUGGCAGAGACUUUCAUUCGAUAUUUCAAAGCAAUCCUCAGCAGCACCGUGCCUCGGCAAAUACAGGAAUUGUAUAAAAACGUUUGGAUUAGAUUGAAUACGGUGUUUCCACGUCGGCUCUGGGUAAUGUCGAUCAACGCUCUGAUGCCGGAGGAUGCCGUAACAAGAAACUUUACCCUAACGCAAGAGAACAUAUUGAUCGAUCCGUUGCAAGUGUUACGAUGUGACGAACGAGUAUAUCGCUGUGCAAGUGCAUUGGCGAUAGUUUUACGUAUUCUUCAGGCUAGCUUGGCUGCUUCCAAGAGCCAGCUCACGCGCCACAUGCUGGACAAACCAUUGAUCGACGUUGGAAAUCAGGUCAAAUCGGACACGGACCGUGAAGAGCUCAAACUAGCCUUGGUGGCAUCACAGGAAAGUGUGGCAGUUCAAAUUCUUCUCGAAGCAUGUCUGGAAACAGAAGAUGAUCGCAUCAAACCUGGUCGUCAAUGGGCCCUACGAGAGAUUCGAGGAGUCAUUUGCUCCUACAUCCAUCAGGUGUUUAUUGCCGAGCCGUCUCUUGCUAAGCUGGUGCACUUUCAAGGAUAUCCCCGCGAGUUGCUUCCGAUGACCGUCCGUGGCAUUCCGUCGAUGCACAUUUGCCUGGACUUUAUCCCUGAACUUCUCAGCAUGGUCGAGAUGGACAAACAGAUCUUUGCCAUAGAUCUCACGUCGCAUCUGUCGCUUCAAUAUGCUCUACCGAAAUCGCUCAGCAUUGCAAAGCUUUGUCUGAAUACGCUCACCACUCUUUUGGGAGUGCUUUCCAGUGAUACCCGAGUCGAAAUGUUCCGAGCCGUACUGCCGUGUAUUGUCCGUUUCUCCGAAGCUUUUCCGCCCCUGCUGGACGAGUGCAUAAUGUUCUUGAUGCAGCUUGGGCGUAUCGCCGAAUCGCAAUCCGCCCUCGGUCGAUCAGUAUCACUACCUAACCUAUAUCUGGGCCCUGAGGCGAAAGUUCGCUCCCACAGCAAGCGUUCUCAGUACGCGGAAAAGUUGGUCGAUGAAAUCAAGGAAACGUUCAGCAAACUGCUGGACGAUGCUAUUAUGAAUCCUAAAAUUUACUGACAAAUGUUGAUUGCUUCGUAAUAAAGUGGCAAGUGUACAAUGACA